AUGUCUUCAUCAGGAUUCUCACCAGUGCCACCACUAGUGUUCAACGGAGGAGGCUACCACAUAUGGGUAGUAAAAAUGAAGACCUACCUGCAAGCAUUUGGUUUGUGGGAGGUUGUCAAUUCAGAUGUUGAGCCAGCUCCACUCAGAGCCAAUCCCACAGUGGCUCAAAUCAGAAUCAUGGCUUGUGAGACUCCAAAGCAAGCUUGGGACAAGCUCAAGGAGGAGUUCCGAGGUACAAAAAGGACAAGGCAGCAGCAAUUGUUGAAUCUGAGAAAAAAUUUUGAAAAUUUGAAGAUGAAGGAGGAAGAAACAGUGAAGCAGGACUCAGAUAGAAUCAUGGUUGUGGUAAACAGCAUAAGAAUGCUUGGAGAACAGUUUAGUGAGGCAAGGAUAGUGGAGAAGGUGCUCUCAACAUUGCCUGAAAGAUAUAAGGCAAAAAUCUCAUCCCUUGAGGAUUCAAGAGACCUAGCAAGCAUUUCCUUAACUGAGCUUAUCAAUGCUCUUUAUGCUCAAGAGCAAAGGAGAGCUAGCAGGAUGGAGGAGCACCAAGAAGGUGCUUUCCAAGCCAAUGCCAAAGCUGCAUCGAGCACCACUAGCUACAAAGGCAAAAAGACUUGA